ACAUUAUGAAAUGGAUCAAAGUUUGGGUACAAGUAAGUGGUCGCGAAAUUUCAGUGAAGACAGUCAAAGUGAGUCCAAUCGGUUGCGUCUAAUUGAACGACAGCGACAGCUACUCGAAACCAAACUUCAACGACAACAUCAAGUGAUUGCCACCACUACCAGGCCUUCAACCGGAAGAGUUGUUAAGUCAGCACUUUCUAGUCGUCGAUCUUCUGAAAGAUUGAUUGAUUUGGAAGAUCUAAAUAGUGGUAAUGUUGUCGGUGUGGUUAACACCGGCAUAUCUACAGCCGAUGAAUACGAGACACAUCCAAAUGAAACGCCGAAAAGCGGUGUCAAUGGCAGUCAAAGACAACUCACAAACCAAAGUCAACCCAAAGUCCAAUCGAUUCAAAUGGUUUCUCCACUCUCUUCGCCGAAAAGCUUAUCAAAUGAUUCAAAAUCGAUAAUUAAUUUGAGAUCAAGUUUAGAGUUAAAUAAAAAUUUAGUGCAAAACUUAAAUAUAAAUUUAGACAAAUCAGUGGAUAAUUUAGACAAAAUAUGUGUUAGUGGUCAACAAGAGUUGAUUCAAUUGAACCCUUUGAAUAAUAUAUUAACUAAUGAAGAGUUGCUAUUGUUUGCAACGCAACCCAUUUCCCCGCAAACGACACUUCAAUGUACUAUAAUUAGGGAUAAGAAAGGACUCGACCGUUCCUUAUAUCCCACGUAUUACAUGCAUCUCCAGGGUAUACAAGUAUUUCUUUUAUCCGGUCGUCGCCGCAAAAAGAGUAAGACAUACAUCAUUGGCAACGAUCCGUUUGAUAUAUCUCGAGGCAAUUGUAUCGCUAAACUCAAAUCAAAUGUUUUGGGGACACAAUUUACAGCAAUCAGAAUUAAUUCAAGCGGUCAAAGACAGGAAAUUGCAACCAUUAUAUAUGAAACAAAUGUUUUGGGAUUUAAAGGCCCCCGAAGGAUGACUGUUCUCAUACCUAAAUACGAACAGUUAAAUAAUUUGAAAAAUUUAUCGAUAUUUGAGGAAUGGAAACGAAAUAAUAGAUCAAUAAAUCAAUUGAAGAAUAAGACCCCCGUUUGGAAUGAUGAAACCCAAUCGUAUGUAUUGAACUUCAGAGGACGUGUCACUCAGGCGAGUGUCAAAAACUUUCAAUUAGUUACUUGUAAUGAAAAGGAGGACAUAGUCGACUUAGUGUCGAUGCAAUUCGGACGGGUGUCCGCCUCCCAGUUCUCGUGUGACGUGUCGUGGCCUAUGACACUGUUGCAGGCAUUUGCCAUUGCACUCAGCAGUUUUGAUUCAAAGCUUGCCUGUGAGUGA